AUGGGACGUUCUGAGAAAAAAAGUGUGGAGAUGUCGGCAUCUUUCUGUCAUAUCUCCAAGGCGACGUCAAUCAGUAGACAUUCGAUAGUGAAUGGCAAUGGACGCAAUCCAUUCUUCUGGUUUCUGGCCCACUUUCGAAAAAGUUUCAAAGUCUGGCUUCGCCACUUGCCCCUGGGACAAGUAACUCUAAUGGCAAGCUGGUUGUGGGGAUCAAUGAGCCCGUCUGAAAAGAAACCCUUUGUUACUGCUGCCCGAAGGUUUACCUACACGUAUCGAUCGCGAAGCAAAAAGGUCAACUGGGUGCUGGCGAAACUGAGGGAAUCCGCUACUGGAGCCGAAUGCCAAACGCAAACCCCGUGGAUAUUGAUGAACGGCAUCAAAUCCUGGCAGCAAUGCGUGCUAAACGAUGUAAUAUUUAUUUAGACCGAAGCU